UUUUUUUUUCACUCAAACAAGUAUAUAAAUAUAUAAAGAAAAAGAGUUGCAAUAAAUGAAAAUGUUAUCUUUAGAAAAGGAUGUUGUUUGAUAAUCGUUUAUUAUCAUUCUUUACCAUACUUCUUUACUGUAUGAGUAAUAUGAUUACUACUAUUCACGCUAAGAAUUUGAAUUCAAUUGUUUCAUCUGACAAUCAAUUCUUUAUACUAAAACGUAGUAGUAGCAGUAUUCUUCAACGACAAAAUAAUGAUAAUCAAAUGGUCAUUCCUGUAACUUCAGAAUUAUCUACCAUCAUAAAAGCUCAAAUAAAAGCACGUAUUCAUACUCAAAUUAUAUCAAAUAUAUCUGCUUCGAUUUUUCAAAGAGUAAAAGGAAGUCUAGAGGUGAACGCAACAAUGAUGGGGAGUGUUAUUAAAGUGGAGAAUGCUCAAAUUGAGGCUAUUCAAACUGCUGCUGUAAAUGGUCUUCAAACACAAAUAUCUCGAACAAUUGAAAAGAAAAUAGAUAAAAUACUUUCAGAAAAAGUAGAUCCUAAAAUUGAUCAAUUGCUUUUACUAUCUUCUAAUCAUGAUACAAUCACUCAGAAAUCAAUACCACAAAGAAAUUUAACAAAGUCACAAUUAACAAAUAUUCUUAUGGAUGCAGAGACAUGGACUCGGUCAGAGAUAAAAUUCAAAUUACCUGAUAUACAAAAGACAUUGAAGACAUCUUUAAACAGUCAAUUAAAAGCACAUAUUAAAAACUUGGAAAUCAAUAUUCCCGGUUUCCUAAAGAUUAGUGUCAAUGCUAAAUUUAACGUGACUUCAUCUGUCAAAACAAUUGUACUUCGUACAUACAAAACAUAUGCCAAUAUCAGUCUAGAAUUGACUGUAAAAUCUUAUAUAAAACAGAUACAACAGGCUUUAAUGAAGAGUACUCUAUAAAUAAG